UGGACGAAUGGUGGGAGACCCAAACAGGAAGAGAAAGUGGCACAACGUGAAAGUCACGCAAAAGCUAAACUAAGCUAUGGAACUGUAACAAAAUAGCCUUUGAAUAUGCUGUUUUCUGAAUCUCCCAGCUGUCGCAGCAGCAUGCUGUGCUGGUAGUGCUGUUGUCUCCUAUUUUUUUCUUUCGUGUCGCGACGAGCAGCGGGUUUUUUUUCCCCCCCGCGAUGUUUCAGGCCGCAGCUAAAAGCGUCUCCGCGGCAUCAGCCUCUGCAGCCUCUCGGGGAAUUCUGUCAAGUGUUCGACGUUACUGUGACAAGACGCCGACGAAGCUCCGAGUGUCCGAGGCGCUUUCAGCCGCAGAGUUGGGAGCGCGAGUCAAAGUGCAGGGAUGGGUUCGCUCCGUCCGACCCCAGAAGGCAAAUCUCUUCCUCCAUGUGAAUGACGGGAGCUCUUUGCAGUCGUUACAGAUUGUCGCUGGUUCAGAGCUGGAUGAUCCGUCGCUCACAUUUGGCAGUGCCGUUGAAGUCACGGGAACUCUGAAGAAAAGUCCACAACAGAAACAGCCAGUUGAACUGGAAGCAGACCAAAUCCAUGUAGUCGGACGAUGUAACCCUUUGGAUUUCCCCUUCAAAAUCAAAGAGAGACACGGCCUCGAGUACAUCCGACAGUUUCCUCAUCUCAGGUGUCGAACGAACGCAUUCAGCUCCCUGUUGAGAGUACGGAGUGAGGCCACUACAGCAAUCCACUCAUAUUUCAAGGAAAAUGGCUUUCUGCAAAUUCACACUCCAAUCAUCACCUCAAAUGACUGUGAAGGCGCAGGGGAGCUCUUUCAGGUUGAGCCCUCAGGCCCGGAGCACGAGGAAGAUGAGCGUUUUUUCUCUGUCCCGGCCUUCCUGACCGUGUCCGGUCAGCUUCAUUUGGAGGUGAUGUCUGGGGCUUUUUCCGGAGUGUACACAUUUGGGCCGACGUUUCGAGCGGAGAACUCCCAAAGCAGGCGCCAUCUGGCCGAGUUUUACAUGGUGGAGGCGGAGGUCUCCUUCACACAGUCCUUAGAGGAUCUCACCAAGGUCAUAGAGGACAUGUUCAGAUCUGCCACGGAGCAUGUGUUGGCUCACUGUGCAGAGGAUGUGGAUUUGUUUCACAAGCACGUGACUCCUGGACACAGGGAAACUGUAGAUGCUAUGGUGAAGAAGAGAUUCCCCGUGAUCACCUACAGUGAGGCUAUAGACAUCCUGAACCGCAGCUCUCAGAAAUUUGUCUUCCCCACAGACUGGGGCUGCGACCUUCAGACGGAACACGAGAAGCACCUGGUGAAACAUUGUGGCAACAUUCCAGUCUUCGUCACUGAUUAUCCGUAUGAUCUGAAGCCGUUUUAUGCAAGAGACAACUCGGACCAUCCUGAGCAUACAGCGGCUGCAGUGGACCUCCUCGUGCCGGGAGUCGGAGAGCUGUGUGGGGGCUCGCUGAGGGAGGAGAGGCUGGAUCUGCUGAGGGCUCGGCUGGAAGAGGCUGGAUUAGAAGACACCUACAGCUGGUAUAUGGAUCUGAGACGCUUCGGCUCCGUCCCGCACGGCGGCUUUGGACUGGGAUUUGAGCGAUACCUGCAAUGCAUUCUUGGUGUUGACAACAUAAAAGACGUGAUUCCUUUCCCGAGGUUUUCCCAUUCCUGUCUUCUAUAACAAAAAACACUGUUGGAGCCUAGAACUUUUUACGAUCUGUGUGGCAAAUAUCAAAUAAAUAUAUUUAACACUGUA